AUGUGUGCAGGGGAUGGUGCAAUGCAGUUGAUUCGUCGUUUUGUACGUCGUUUUGAAAUUGUCCUAGCUGGAGGAGGACACGACACGUCAGUGUUGCCACCGGCUCCAUAUAAUCCGAAAACUUCAGGGCAUUUCAGUUUGACCCAAGGUCACUGCUGGAAUGAACCCAGACAUGUCCUGUGUACCGUCGAGGCUAUCCUAGGAAGGAAAUGGACCAACCAAGGCAAUGCAUUGAAGGACAUACAGGCCUUGGGUGUAUAUCUUGCUCUAGACACAAAUGAUGAGGAGUACUUCCAAGACUUUCCACCUUCGAACAUCAUUCUUCACCCGAAUUAUAAUUCGUCUGGAACGGUGAUUCCUGACGAUGACUCGGUGAAACGGGAGGUAGCCAUUGUGCAGCUGCCCUCAGAUGCCAAAAACACCCCUCUUCCUAUUCAAUGCACCCCUGGAGUUGCAGGCAUUGGGACUGAGGUUACAGUCUUUGAUUGGGUUGACGGUGAAUUCGCUGGACAAAAGAUCUUGGUUAGAGCACAGUACCUUCGUGUGCAGUGUCCCCCAGCUUUAUUCAGCCAGGAUUCCACAAACUGUUUCCAGCUGUCCAACAGAAGCGCUUUUGAUGUGAAUGACAUGGGAAAUCUUGGAUCACCAGUCGUUCUCAAUUAUGGACAAGCGAAUGCCACAGCUGUUGCAAUCAAAGCAUACACUUUCAAUGUGACUGCAACAGAAACGAUGAUGGCAGCUGCAAGCUUUAGUGACCCUGAGGUUUGGAGCUUUGUUUGUCAGUAUGCUGAAAAAUGCAUUGGUAACUUCACAACCACCACAUCAGUCCCAUCCACCAGCACUCCACUCAUCCCCACGACCACUCCUGGAAAUAUCAAAAAUACUACCAGCCAAAAAGUAAUGAAAACACCUCCAGGACCUGACUCGCAACCUCCUCCUCCGCCGGGAAAAUGGGCCAAGUUUAUGCAAUUCCUUCGCGGCCUUUUUGCCUAAUUUCUUCAAUGAUUUUCAGGACAUCAUGCAGAAAGAAAGAUGGUUUCUUGCAGGAGGAAUGAGUCCUGGUGGGUUUUAUGUUUCUCUCCUGCAUCCAAGAUAUAUUACAGUACUAUAUAUUCAGAAAAUAUGUUGAAUGGUUUGAUGGCUCGGCACAUUUUGGCACAUGACACAUUUCAAUCAAUUCUCGAAUUGUGAGGUACAUUUCACUGUGAUUGCAUGCAAGUGUGGGGAUAAAUAAAAGCACAAGCUUGAAAAACAAA